CCUCGAAGUCAUUUGCGACACACGUUAUCAGUUUGUGCGCCUGGAUACUAACAAAGCAGAGACACUACUUUCGAUAUGGCUGCCACCGAUGAUCUAAUUGACUUUGAUCUUAUUGAGACACAUAAAGAAAACAUACAAUCCCUUCCGAGCGGCAGGUCUGCAAAAGCUCUCGCUUCUCUAUAUGCGCCUUUGAGCGUUGGACCCUCUCCCUCUCCAUCACAAACACAGAACUUGAACGAUGCACUUCGGCACGAGUAUGAGAAGGAACUUCUCACGAUCGAUGAAUUAGAUGACCCGCUGGAUGUUUAUGAACGUUAUGUGAGGUGGACGCUACAAGCGUAUCCUUCGGCGCAGGCUACACCGCAGUCCCAACUUCUUCCUCUUCUUGAGCGCGCGACGAAGGCAUUCCUGUCUUCGCCUCAGUACAAGAAUGAUUUACGGUAUCUGAAGUUCUGGCUUCACUACAUACGUCUCUUUGAUGACACUCCGCGGGAGACAUUUGCGUAUCUCUCUCGACAAAACAUAGGCGAUGGGCUCGCUUUAUACUACGAAGAAUUUGCUGCAUGGCUCGAGGGCGCUGGUCGUUGGAGUCAAGCGGAAGAAGUCUACAAGCUAGGAAUAGAAAAGGAGGCGCGUCCGGUGCAAAAAUUGCUGCGCAAAUACAAGGAAUUUCAGCACCGCUUCGAGAGCCGACCCCAUGAUGCGCAAGAGCCAACGAGCCCGGCGCUUCCCACGGUUCGCCCAGCGCUGGCCGCGAAGACCGACCCGUUCUCCUCCCAUGCUGCAUCACCUGCAGUAGAUCCGCAAGCAAGAGGAUCUGGCGUGACAGGCUCGAAACCGGGCAGGCAGAAAAUGUCAAUCUUCUCGGAUACGGAGGAGCCACCUCGGAGCGGUUCUAGCGAUAGCUCAAAGGGUUGGGAUAGAAUUGGUUCGCUCGCGGAGAGACGCAAGGAGAAUCGUAUUGAGGCAAAACCGUGGGCGGGUGAGCAGCUACGGACGGCCAAAACCAAUAAUGGUGUGCCAAAGAUGGCUAUUUUCAAGGACGAGAGAUCAUCCAUUAAUGAUAACGAACCCAAUCCAUUACGAGAUAUGAAAAUGACUUUCAACGAAAAGACUGGUAGAUAUGAGUGUGUCUUUGUCGACCUCGAAGCGGUGUAUCCUUCGUCGACCGUGAAAAUCGAGUAUUGUUUUGAAGAGUUGCGCGCACGGCACCGCGGCUGGUUAGAUUGGGGAGCAGAGAGAAGACGAGAAGAGGAAACUGCCCCAGGACCUGACCAACAGGAUGCAGUAUUACAGGUGACAGUCGAAGAGAAGUCUGCAAUCACAGACACUUCCGCACAGGCUGUCGUUCAGGGAGACCGAGAAGAAGCUUCACGAGACGACCGGCCACUCAAGAUUGCGAUACACCACGACUACGAAGAUUCCGAGAAUAUGCCCCCAACCACGGUGCCUCUAGAUCAUGCUGGUCGGGUAAAGAAGGCGCGAAGAGAGGACCGAGCGAACAGGACGAAGAAGAUUAGGUUGAAGGAGGUUCACAACGAGACAACCAAAGUCAUGACCAACCUUGAUUCUCCGACAGGAAAAAAACUCAGGAGGAAGAAAACUGCAGAGCCGACUAUGACUAUAUGUACCCGGGAAGCCAUGGACGAGAUCUAUGGAAUAUUCAAUCAGCCUUUGAAGUCAUCACAAGACUCUGAGAAUGAAAGUGACGAGGUUUCUAGUGAUGAUGACUAUACGAGUGGCGGCGAAAGUACUACAACUGGACGGAUCUCUGUGAGUGCGAGCGAUUUUGGUGACACCACGAGUGGAGACUUUACCACCCAGACUGCAGCAGGGGCCGACGACGAUAUGGAUAGUGACGACGAUCAGGCUUCUUCAGCUGAUGUUAAGAGUGUCUCAGAGUGGUCCGACUUCACAGCUAGCAAACAUGUCCCCGAAGGUUUAGCAAAACUGGAGACUGCUGGUGAUGAUAAUGAUGACGAUGAUGACCAGGAGCAAGCAACUGAGCAGCUUUCCUUCGAUGAGGCUGCAGCAGAAGACCUAGUCACUCCAACAUCCCCGUCAGCUAUUGAUGAAACGAACUCCAAGUUCGUCCCGGAGCCUCCUGAGGACAUGGAAGUACCUACGAGACCGUACCGGGAUGUUGGACGCGCUGCACAGAACAGGCUCCCCUUCAUGACCCCGAUAGUGGAGAAGACGGAGUCAUCUCUUGGUGCAGCGACCGCCUUUGCGCAAGCUCAAAAAGAGAAGGACUACUUCAAUUCAAAGACUCCUACCAAAUCUGCAAAACCUGAUGAUGACCUUUGGAGCAGUCCUGUCGGAGAAGGCCUCGAUGAGGCUCAACGUCCGUUCAAGGUCCCACAGCCUGACCUGAAGAUGGCAACAUGUGCUGCAAACACAACUGCAACGAAUAGUGCAGACUCGCGUAGCCAAUGUCUUCCGAUACAAAAUGGCCCGAUCAUCAAAGAUUCCCGGUGUAAUCCAAUCAACUACGAGAUCAAGAACAUCAUCCUCAAUCAAAUCCAGCCACCACUAUCUUCGUACGACGGCUACUUCGAAGACCUGUCUAAGACGAAUGGAAUGUCUGCUGAAAUCCGAAAAUUCACUAAGGCCGUUUCUAAGGUAAACAGGAACGUCAACGACAAGACGGCCACGAACCUGACGAUGCCACCUGUCAUACGCCUAGCAGGGUCGGAUAGACAGUAUGUCGUGAAGAAGGAGCUUGGCAAGGGUGCCUUUGCGCCGGUGUACUUGGCCCAUAGUUCCUCUUUAGACGACGACGACGACGAUGAACCUGGCAUAAAAAUGGGCAAGGGCGCGUUCGCAAUACCACGUGGGGACCUUGAAGCCAUCAAGAUGGAAGAGCCGCCUUCUGCCUGGGAAUUCUAUUUGAUACGUCAAGCUAAGCGCCGCUUGGGCGUCCAAAGGCCAGCCGACUCUAUCGUUCAGGCAUAUGAGAUGCAUAUGUUCAAAGAUGAGUGUUAUUUGGUUGAGGAGUUCAGGAAUCAGGGUACACUACUCGAUUUCGUCAAUCUCGCUAGGGCAGACGCUAGUGGUGGUAAUGUGAUGGACGAACUGCUCGCGAUGUUCUUCACUAUCGAACUGCUGCGUACUGUUGAGGGCCUCCAUAGCAAGGGUCUGUUGCACGGUGACAUAAAAUCGGAUAAUGUUCUAGUACGCAUUGCGCACGCCGAUGAUGACUGGUCUACACAAUACUCCAGAGACGGGAAAAAUGGCUGGUCUGACCGUGGUAUCACCAUCAUCGACUUCGGUCGGGGAAUUGACAUGAGAGUUUUCAAGCCAGACGUCCAAUUUAUAGCCGACUGGACACCUAGUGAAGCCGACUGCGCAGAGAUGCAUGAGACUCGACCUUGGACCUAUCAAAUUGACUAUCACGGCAUUGCUUGUGUUAUACAUAAUCUGCUGUUCGGCAAGUACAUGGAAAUCGUUGCUGAGCGUGGCACAACGCUCGGGGCCGGUCAAACGAAGACGUACAAAAUCCGGGAAUCUUUGAAAAGAUACUGGGAGACUGAGAUCUGGGCGGAGGCAUUCAGUCUCUUCCUGAACCCUUUGAUGCAUCUCGAGGGCGAAGAGGGUCGGAAGAUGCCUGUGCUUCACGGCAUGCGCACAUUGAGGGAGAAGAUGGAAACAUGGCUGGAAGCGAAUUGCGAGAAAGGCGUGGGCCUGAAAGGUCUGCUCCGGAGGUUCGAGGUCCAGAUCAAGGAGAGGAGGAAGUAGUUGUGUCAGGAGGGUUCGUUUGCAUGUUGAGGAGUUUGUGUUGGACGGAUGCAUUGCAUUGGUUUCGGCGUCUGGUGGUGUAGUGAGCAUGCAUCGUUUUCAGCGCUCCAUUGCUUUAGUCAACUGAAUACCGACAUAACAGAGUAUUGACU